AUGUCGUCGAGAGGCUCAGCUCAACCUAACAGCUCAACCACAAACCAGCCGGCUUCAUCGUCUUCUGCCGUACCCUCGUCGCGCAAGAGGGCUCGAGUGUACAGCGUGGCCAGUACAGGUUUCGACAUUCUGGGGAACAUAUCCGAGGCGUCAGACAUACUUUCUCCUCUCAAGGCAGCCUGUCGAACGUCAAAAUCGAUCAUCGAUGUCAUUCAAACUGCUGACGACAACCAAGACGAAUGGAACGAGCUGAUACAACGUUUGGAUGGCUACAUGUCCGCUGUACAGAACCAAAUCGACGCAUUCGAAAAAUACCCUCCAGAGGAGAGAGCCGUAGACGACGCACUCAGUCAAUCACUCGUUGAAUACGUCAAACUGCUUGGGGAAUUCCAUGACAAGGUCGACCAGCACAAGCAUAAGCGAAGCCGUACCGGCUUCGGCCCGCUUACUACGAUAAGCAAGAUUAAACUCGACCCAGGAGAUAUCCGCAAGUUUCAUCGUGAUCUCGAGGACCAACACAGGCAGCUCAUGGAGAAACUGGGUUUUUUCGCGGCAUUGCGCCUUCAGGUCAUUGAACGGAAUACCAAGGUUAUUCUGACAGAAGUCGACGCAUCUGCCAUACUCCAGCUGCCAAUGGUGGCAUUUGUUGCAUCUUCGGUCCACAAUCCUUGCCUUCAAGGAACACGCCAGGCUGUCCUUGAGACAAUUUGGCGCUGGGCGGAGGACGACAUGUCGGAGAAGCCAAUCUUUUGGCUUUGCGAUAUAGCAGGCUCCGGAAAAUCCACUGUAGCAAUGUCCGUGGCGCAAGCAUGGAGAAGCGAAGGAACGCUUGGGGCCCAAUUCUUCUUCUCCCUCGCCAACAGUGAGGGAUCUACCACGGAGAAGUUUUGUUCGACAUUAGCGAGAGAACUCGUGCAGCACAUGCCCGAACUCGCGCCUCAUAUCGCUGAGACCGUCAAGCGAAAUCCCGCCAUCAUGCGAAGUUCGUUCCAGGACCAGAUCCGAACGUUGGUCACCAGUCCACUCAAGCAUCUACAAGGACGCGCGAUUCUUGUCGUCGACGCGGUUGACGAAUGUAAAUCCGGAACGCACCGAAAGGAGCUGUUGGAUGGUCUUGCUAUGGCUGCUCGAGAAACCAGCAACCUCAAGAUAUUUAUCACGAGUCGACCGGACCCCAUCAUCGAGUCGGUUUUACAGCCCCUCUCGAUCAAAGCCCAGUUAAAGGACCGGCUACACGACGUCAGUCACCACGAUAAUAUCGACGAUAUUGCCACCUACGUGCAUCAGUCGCUGUAUGGCGUACUAUCACAGGACAAAAGAGAGCGAUUGGUGGAGAAGGCCAACGGGCUCUUCAUCUGGGCAAGUACCGCAUGUCGAAUGCUCAGUGACAAGACUAGCUUGAGCCCUCCUGAAGACAUAUACAAUCGUCUGAUGUCCAUAGACGAGGAUGGGGGGAUAGACGAUCUGUAUUGUCUCAUCUUCGAACGCACAAACCCCGCCUACUAUACUAUUAUGUAUGAGAUGCUGGCUCUGCUGCUUGCAGCAUUUGAACCACUCACUUCUGAAGAUCUGGACGACGCUCUCAAGCAUGCUAAAAUCAAAGGGAGCGCCAAGGCGUUGGUACAAAACCUUGGAAGCGUACUUAUCGAAGAUGGGACAAGCCUGAUUCAAUUCAGGCAUCCUACCUUUGUCGAAUACCUUCGGCGCUGCUCCGUCGCUCCAGAAGCCAAUAGCGGCAAUAGGAUCUACAUUAAUGUCUUGAAAGCACAUGGCCAAGCUGCCUCGUGGUGCUUCAAAUGCCUCCAGUCGCCGGCUGAAGGUCUCAGGUUUAACAUCUGCCAAAUCGAGUCGUCGUUCUCCCUCAAUAGCCAGAUCAAAAAUCUUGAAACCAAGGUAUCGAAAUUCAUUCGGAGACGACUUCGAUAUGCUAGCUCUCAUUGGUUAUUCCAUCUGGCGGAAACAGACGACAACUGGCGAUCCAAGCUCGAGGACGAUAUUCGACGGGCCAUCCAAAUUCCACACGUGUUAUACUGGAUGGAGAUUCUGAGCUUCAUUGGAGGAGUGCCACGAGUGAUAAAUGGUCUUCGAACUGUUACUCGUUGCAAAGGAAUUGAAGAGAGAAUCAGAGCCACCAUGACUGAGCUGCAACGGUUUACAAUGUCAUUUUCGGUGCCAAUCCAGGAUAGCGCUCCACACAUCUAUAUUUCUGCGCUGCCAUUUGCUCCUACAAAGUCUAUAAUGCAUACCGAAGCGUUAAAAUGGUUUCCAAGAACCUUCGCUGUGACUCAAGGGCUUGACGAGACGUAUCCAGAGUUCUCUGGUGUUCUUCAUGGUCACCAAAAGGCUGUGACGGCUGUCGCAUUCUCACCAGACGGCUUGCGAAUCGUCUCUGGCUCUUCUGAUAAUACAAUUCGACUAUGGGAUGCAAUCACUGGGCAACCAUUGGGAGAAGCCCUUCGAGGUCAUAGACUCCCUGUCAACGCUGUCGCAUUCUCUCCGGAUGGCUCACUGAUUGUCUCUGGAUCGAGCGACAAGAGUAUUCGGUUAUGGGAUGCGGGAACUGGCCAUACACUAGGAGAUCCACUGCAAGGCCAUGAAAAUGGAGUCGAAGCCGUUGCGUUCUCUCCAGACGGUUCACGAGUCGCAUCAGGCUCAUUGGACAACACAAUUCGACUAUGGGAUGCAGAGACUGGACAUUCAUCUGGAGGGCCACUCUUAGGUCACUCAGGCUCGGUCAAUGCCGUCGCAUACUCCCCAGACGGCUCGCGAAUCGUCUCCGGCUCCGCUGACCGGACAAUUCGACUGUGGGAUGCAGUCACCGGCGAGCCGCUUGCUGAGCCAUUCAAAGGUCACAAAAGCUUGGUUGCCGCUGUAGAAUUCUCACCGGAUGGCUCACGAGUCGUUUCCGGCUCCUGGGAUCAGACGGUUAGGCUAUGGAACGCAAACACAGGCCAGCCACUGGGAGAGCCACUCCAAGGCCAUACAUCUUGUGUUGUUGCUGUUGCAUUCUCCCCAGACGGUUCACUCAUCGCCUCCGGCUCUUGGGAUUGGAUGAUUCGACUCUGGGAUGGAGUCACUGGUCAGCCUUUAGGAGAGCCUCUCGAAGGGCAUGAAAGAUCUGUCUACGACAUCGCAUUCUCGCCUGAUGGGUCGCGAAUCGUUUCUGGCUCGGAGGAUAAGAUGGUGAGACUGUGGGACGUAGACAGUAGGCAGCCAUUGGGAGAGUCAUUUCGAGGUCACCAGAGAAGCGUAGAGACCGUCUUAUUUUCUCCAGACGGCUUGCGAAUCAUCUCUGGCUCACGAGGCCACACGAUCAGACAAUGGGACGCCGAUACGGGUCUGCCAUUAAGAAAUCCAUUCCUAGGCCACCAAAAUACUGUCGAUAUCAUUACAGUAUCCCCAGAUGGCUCGAAAAUUAUAUCUAGUUUGGACGACAAGCUCUUUCGAUUACGUGCGUGGGACGCAAACACUGGGCAGCUGUUGUGGACGUCCACCCAAGGUCAUAAAGGCAGAGUCUCUAGAGUCGCAUUCUCGCCUGACGGCUUGAGAAUCGUCUCUAGCUCUUCCGAUCAAACUAUUCUACUGUGGAAUGCAGAAACUGGUCAUCUAAUGGGAGGACCAUUCCAAGGUUCGGCAUCUUGCCUCGCAUUCGCCCCAGACGGUGCACAAAUCGCAUCUGGCUCGUGGGAUGGCAAAAUCAGACUAUGGAACCUGGAAACCGGUCUGCCAUUAGGAGAACCGCUCGAAGGUCACGAAAGUGGCGUCAUGGCUGUUGCAUUCUCGCCAGACGGAUCGCGAAUCAUUUCCGGUUCGGGAGAUAACACGAUUAGACUGUGGGACGUAGACAGUGGUCGGCCAUUGGGAGAGCCAUUUCGAGGUCACAAAAAGGCAGUUAGAGCGGUCGCAUUCUCACCAGACGGCUCACGAAUUGUCUCUGGCUCGUGCGACGAAACGAUUCGAUUAUGGGAUGCAGGCACGGGUCAGCCGUUGGGAGAGCCGCUUCGAGGGCACCAAGGCUUCGUUAACGUUAUCGCAUUUUCCCCGGAUGGCAUGCGCAUUGCCUCAGGCUCAGACGAUCGAACAGUCCGAGUAUGGGAUGCCAAGAUAGACGCAGGCGCGACGCAGUCUAAAGAAAAGGGUGCAAGAGCAAAAGAUACUCCGCUGAACCUACUCAUACCCGGCUUCAAAAAGUGCUCACUUACACGCGAGGGCUGGGUCAAAUCCUCUGGGAAAUUACUAUUUUGGAUCCCGCCAGACAAUCGACAUAGACUAGUAAACCCACGCCUUCUCCUGACAAUACCUCCAGAAAGCCGGUCCCGUUUGACAGAGUUUGAUUUUACCAAUUUUCAUUGUGGCCGCUCCUGGACAGAGGUUCGAAAAGGCGGAAGCCAAUAA